GCUUCAUCGUCUCUCACCCAGCACAACUCACGCCCAGCAUUUGGUGAACCAAAACCUUGCACUUUGCUCCUCACUCAUUCUCGUAUGCCGUCCUAGGCGGUAAAAACCUUGUAUUUUUUCGUCCCCUUUACCGCUAUAUAACGGCUCUUGGUUACGGAAAUCACUGCGUGUAGGUAGUCUCUGCGGGUAUCCCAUAAUUUUUGUUACACAUUCAGGAAACAAAUGGCGUUACGAGUCGCUAGGCUGCUCGCCGUGCUGAGUCUAGCCGUAGCCGCCGCUACGUGUGUAGCUGCAACGUCGAUCGACACUUCACAACGUAUUGCCCGCGUUGUCUGACUUGCAGGCGGCUUUUGGGCUAAACUACUCCGCGUGGGGGGAGGGCGGCGACUGUGGCAAGGCGAGCUUUCUGCGGUGCGACGGCGACGGCAUGAUAACUGAGAUCAACUUGGGCGCCAGCGAUCUGCUCGGCUCACUGCCUGAAUCCAUCAGCGGACUCGUCAACCUCACCAGCAUUGAUUUGAGUGCCAAUGGGUUGACUGGGCCGAUCCCUUCCACUAUAGGCACACUCACCAAGCUGCAACGGCUGCAGUUGGACAAGAACGUGCUCGACAGCUAUCUGCCAGUGUCGCUAGGAAGGCUCCUCAGACUCACAUCGCUGGACUUGGCGUCCAACCACUUCACGGGAUCCAUUCCUGCUGAGAUCGGAAACCUCGUCAACCUGCAAUACCUGCAGCUGAACGACAACUACCUCACUGGCUCCAUCCCUACUUCCUUUUCCCAGCUGAAGCAGCUGCAAUGGCUCCAGCUUGGCAACAACCAGCUGAGCGGUCCACUGCCUGCUGGCUUCGGUGCUUUCCCUGCACUGACCGGCCUGUGGGUGGACAUACAGCACACCUGCCCCCCUGACAACACGGGGUGCGGCAUAUCCCGCCCCUUCCGCAACAACACCUUCUGCCUGGAGACCUGCCCGACCUUCUGCGACACCUGCAUCCCAAGGAAGAUCCCAGCCCCCCCUGCCAACGGCACCCUCGCUGGUUCUGGCGCUGGGGCUGUUGGCGCUGCUGUGAAUGCCACCGGUGCGCCUUCUGCUCUGCCCCCCCCCGCGUCUGCUGCUGCUGCUACUCCACCUAAGGGGGCGAUGGGCGGCAGUGUCAGCAGCAGCAGCGCGCUCGGUUACGCACUCGCCAUUGCUGCUGUAGUUGCGGCAGCCACUGCAGGGGUUUUGUGAGGAAGAAAUUGGAUAAUGGUCUUGUAUCCCGCUGCGGAUUCGGCUCCAAUCAAGGGGGCAUCAAGCCGCUCUGUCAGCAGGAAAGCGCUGUAAUUUGCACUGUCCCUCGCCGCUGCGGUUUUCGUGAAAAGUGCACCUCUGAGGUUCUGAGCAGGAGGGUGAAAUGCACAAGAGUAUUUACCUGUCUAGCCUUUCCAGAACUACAUCGUUUUAGGCUGUCAAAUCUACAACGAAUACUGUAAAAUGGGUGUUGUCCUGUAUGAA